CGUUGCUCUCGACAAGCCGAAAUUAAAAAAGCAGCGAGACCACUUAGACUCGCCGAGUGCUCUGAUGUGUAUGCACUUGCAGCGAGAGGAGGGACUGAAAGCAGUCCGUUGGUCGCGCAUAUGUGCCCCGCGCGCUCGAGUGUGUAUAGGGAUUAGUAGUGUUUUCUGUGUUAUUUUUACAUUCGCUUUCGGUUUCCCAGACGUUCUCUAUACGACGGGUGUUUUGAACUCGUUCGAUCUCGACGAGGCCUGUGUGUGUGUGUGUGUGUGCGUUUGUAUGUAUACACGGCUGAAAUUGAUUCCGCUCUAUUUUAAUCGACGAACGCUUAUUAUACUCUGUUUAAACGAUUCAACGUUGUAGUUUUCCUCUGCGAUACGUAUACAGGACGCAGUCGUUCAACUGGUAUAAUUUCAAUUUGAAACGAGCAAUUACGUAGAUUUGAAAAAGAAAGUUGUACGUACGCACUCGCACAAAAGUGUAAAAAAUAAAAGAGAAAUUACUAUGUGCGAGCACGCGCGCGCGCGCGCGCUAAAACAAGCACCUGUCAACGGGUCAGUAUCAGACGUCAAUGGUAUCUCUCGCUGGGCGUCGGGGGAAAAUAAGGAAAAUUUCUCAAAAACGAGGCUAAUUCGUCCCCCGCCCCCCGAAUCUUCGCCAGUUAAGUUAUCAGUCAUCCGGUUCAGUUGACGUCUAUCAUAGCUACGCCAGAUACAUCGUGAGCUUAAUAGCUGGACUUAAACGAUAUUGCACGAGAGUCAGCCGCAUGCAUAGGUAUAUAAAGGACGAGCUCGCGAGACUCCGAAAUUAUAGUCAACCGAACGUUCGCAUACCGAGUACACACCAUUAGCCUCGAACAUGGAGUCUCUUUGCUCGCGCAGAUUCGCGCUUACUUUAGCUUUAUUCUGUGCUACACUGUGUUUUGCUGCUGUCUCGGCGGAUGACUCGCCGAAGAUCGUCGGAGGCACGGCGGCCGAGGACGGCCAGUUUCCUUACCAGGUGUCUCUGAGGCUCAACAACCGACACUUCUGCGGCGGUUCCAUUCUCAACAAGCGCUGGAUACUGACCGCAGCUCACUGCUUGGCUGGAUUCAACAACACGGCCAUAUCGGCGGUCGUCGGUACUAAUUACCUCGACAAGGGCGGCGAUAAGUAUCAGUCGAAGCGCAUCAUCGCUCACCCGAUGUACAACUCGCUGAUGAUCCGCAACGACGUCGGCCUGAUCGAGCUCGACAAGGACAUCGUUUUCGGGGACAAGGUGCAGCCCGUCAAGCUCCCGGAAUCCGAUUUCGACAAGGCCGAUUAUCCCGCCGAGCUGUCCGGCUGGGGCACCACUAGCUAUCCGGGGUCGCCGCCAAACGAGCUGCAGCACAUCACGCUCAACGUAAUCGAGCAGAACGAGUGCCUGAACACGAGCUUCCGCGUGACCAAGAGGAACAUCUGCACCCUCACGAAGAAGGGCGAGGGAGCCUGUCACGGUGACUCCGGCGGUCCACUGGUCUCCGACGGCGUGCAGAUCGGUGUCGUGUCCUGGGGCACGCCCUGUGCCAAGGGCAAGCCCGACGUCUUCACGAGAGUCUACAGCUACGUCGACUGGAUCAAGAAGUACGCCGACAAGCAGGAGUAACAGUACGACAACAAAGCACUCGACGAAGAAGUAUUAAUCUCAUCCGUAAAUGCUGCAGAAAAAUCGACUUUUAUUGUAAUCCAGCGCGGCCGCGGCGGCUGAUGAAUAAUGAAGCGUUUAAUUACAUUAAAGCGUAUAUGAUUAUCACUGAG